CCCUGCAGCGCUGCUGUUGCAGGAAACAGGACGACAGGCAGGGCAACACCUAGAACCGAGCCGAGCCGAGCCGAGGGAGCGGUCCGCCCCGGAGUAUGGGCCUGUCUGAACACUAAACAACAGCACCAGCCGCAAGCCCGGUUCCCUAACACUACAGAGCGCGCGGUGACGGACCGAGAGAGGCUUUAUUCAGCGCGGUGCGGAGCUUUGUGUCGGCGCCAUGUCGCGGGCAGUACUGCAGCCCAGUCAGCAGAAGCUGGCCGAGAAACUCACCAUCCUCAACGACCGGGGCCUCGGCAUGCUCACCCGCAUCUACAACAUCAAGAAGCAAGGACAAGUUUGGAAGGCCUGCGGAGACCCCAAAGCUAAGCCCUCCUACCUGAUCGACAAAAACCUGGAGUCGGCCGUGAAGUUCAUCGUGAGGAAGUUUCCGGCAGUGGAAACCCGCAACAAUAACCAACAGCUCGCACAGCUCCAAAAGGAAAAGUCUGAAAUACUAAAGAAUCUAGCUUUAUAUUACUUCACGUUUGUGGAUGUUAUGGAAUUUAAGGAUCAUGUUUGUGAACUGCUAAACACUAUUGACGCUUGCCAAGUUUUCUUCGACAUUACUGUAAAUUUUGACCUCACGAAAAACUACCUUGACCUGGUUGUGACCUACACUACACUGAUGAUGCUGCUGUCUCGGAUCGAAGAGCGUAAAGCCAUCAUCGGCCUGUACAACUAUGCACACGAGAUGACCCACGGCGCCAGUGAUCGAGAAUACCCCAGGCUUGGGCAGAUGAUCGUGGAUUAUGAGAACCCCCUGAAAAAGAUGAUGGAGGAGUUUGUGCCCCAUGGAAAGUCCCUGUCGGACGCGCUGGUCUCUCUGCAGAUGGUGUAUCCUCGCCGUAACCUGUCUGCUGAUCAGUGGAGAAACGCUCAGCUCCUGAGUCUGAUCAGCGCUCCCAGCACCAUGCUGAACCCAGCACAGUCUGAUACGAUGCCCUGUGAAUACCUGUCUUUGGACACUAUGGAGAAGUGGAUAGUGUUUGGGUUCAUCCUGUGCCACGCCGCUCUGAACAGUGACCCCGCCGCUCUCAGUCUGUGGAAGUUGGCUCUGCAGAGCAGCUCCUGUCUCUGCCUCUUCAGAGACGAGGUCUUCCACAUCCACAAAGCUGCUGAGGACCUCUUCGUCAACAUCCGCGGCUAUAAUAAGCGAGUCAACGACAUCCGCGAAUGCAAAGAAUCAGCGCUCUCACACGCAGGCUCCAUGCACAGGGAGAGGCGCAAGUUCCUGCGUUCAGCCCUGAAGGAACUGGCCACCGUUCUGGCCGACCAGCCAGGCUUACUGGGCCCGAAGGCUCUGUUCGUGUUCAUGGCGCUCUCUUUCGCUCGAGACGAGAUCAUCUGGCUGCUCAGACACGCCGACAACAUCCAGAAGAAAAGCACAGACGACUUCAUCGACAAGCACAUUGCGGAGCUGAUCUUCUACAUGGAGGAGCUGAGGGCUCACGUGAGGAAGUACGGUCCGGUCAUGCAGAGGUACUACGUCCAGUACCUGUCUGGCUUUGAUGCCGUCGUGCUGAAUGAGCUCGUACAGAACCUGUCCGUGUGUCCGGAGGAUGAGUCUAUCAUCAUGUCGUCUUUCGUGAACACGAUGACUUCUCUCAGUGUUAAACAAGUGGAGGAUGGCGAGGUGUUUGAUUUCAGAGGGAUGAGGCUGGACUGGUUCCGUCUGCAGGCCUACACCAGCGUCUCCAAGGCUUCCCUGGGUAUCUCGGACCACCGUGAGCUGGGGAAGAUGAUGAACACCAUCAUCUUUCACACCAAGAUGGUGGACUCUCUGGUGGAAAUGCUGGUGGAAACCUCAGACCUCUCGAUUUUCUGUUUCUACAGUCGGGCGUUUGAGAAGAUGUUCCAGCAGUGUUUGGAGUUGCCCUCUCAGUCCCGUUACUCCAUCUGCUUCCCUCUGCUCUGCACACACUUCAUGAGCUGCACCCAUGAGCUCUGUCCUGAAGAGAGGCACCAUAUCGGGGACCGCAGCCUGUCUCUCUGUAACAUGUUCCUGGACGAGAUGGCCAAGCAGGCUCGCAACCUCAUCACAGACAUCUGCACAGAGCAAUGCACUCUUAGUGACCAGCUACUGCCAAAACACUGCGCCAAAACCAUCAGUCAGGCCGUGAACAAGAAGUCGAAGAAGCAAACGGGGAAGAAGGGCGAGCCGGAGAGGGAGAAGCCCGGAGUGGAGAGCAUGAGGAAAAACAGACUCCUCGUCACCAACUUGGAUAAACUGCACACAGCGCUGUCGGAGCUUUGCUUCUCCAUCAACUACGUGCCCAACAUGGUGGUGUGGGAACACACCUUCACCCCACGCGAGUACCUCACCUCACACCUGGAGAUCCGCUUCACCAAGUCCAUAGUGGGAAUGACCAUGUACAACCAGGCCACGCAGGAGAUAGCGAAGCCCUCUGAGCUUCUGACCAGCGUUCGCGCCUAUAUGACCGUUCUGCAGUCCAUCGAGAACUAUGUGCAGAUCGACAUCACCAGAGUGUUUAACAACGUGCUCCUGCAGCAGACCCAACAUCUGGACAGCCACGGAGAACCCACCAUCACCAGCCUCUACACCAACUGGUAUCUGGAGACUUUGCUUCGGCAGGUGAGCAACGGCCACAUAGCGUACUUCCCUGCCAUGAAGGCUUUCGUCAACUUGCCCACAGAGAACGAGCUGACCUUCAACGCUGAGGAGUAUUCAGAUAUCUCAGAAAUGCGCUCUCUCUCGGAGCUGCUGGGGCCGUAUGGGAUGAAGUUCCUCAGCGAGAGCCUGAUGUGGCACAUCUCCUCCCAGGUGGCUGAGCUAAAGAAACUGGUGGUGGAGAAUGUGGAGGUUCUGACCCAGAUGAGGACCAGCUUUGACAAGCCUGAUCACAUGGCAGCCCUGUUCAAAAGACUUACGUCGGUGGACAGUGUGCUGAAGAGGAUGACCAUCAUCGGAGUCAUCCUGUCCUUCCGCUCUCUGGCCCAGGAGGCCCUGCGAGAUGUGCUGUCCUGCCACAUCCCGUUCCUGGUCAGUUCGGUGGAAGACUUCAAGGACCACAUUCCUCGCGAAACAGACAUGAAGGUGGCAAUGAACGUGUAUGAGCUGUCCUCGGCUGCAGGGUUGCCCUGUGAGAUUGAUCCAGCUCUUGUGGUGGCCCUGUCCUCCCAGAAGUCCGAGAACAUCAGCCCAGAGGAGGAGUACAAGAUCGCCUGCCUGCUGAUGGUGUUUGUGGCCGUCUCCCUGCCAACCCUGGCCAGCAAUGUGAUGUCCCAGUACAGCCCUGCUAUCGAAGGCCACUGCAACAACAUCCACUGUCUGGCUAAGGCCAUUAACCAGAUUGCUGCUGCACUUUUCACCAUCCACAAGGGCAGCAUUGAGGAUCGUCUGAAGGAGUUCCUCGCUCUUGCCUCCUCCAGCUUGCUGAAGAUUGGCCAGGAGACGGACAAGACGACCACCAGGAACCGCGAGUCUGUUUACCUUCUGCUGGACAUGAUCGUUCAGGAGUCCCCAUUCCUCACCAUGGACCUUCUGGAGUCCUGUUUCCCUUACGUGCUGCUCCGAAACGCCUACCACGCCGUGUACAAGCAGUCCGUUUCCGCGUCCGCGUGAGCGGCGUCUCGACCAGGGGCACGUGGGACCAGCUUCAUUCCACACACUCCUCCGGGACCCGCCGGUCCUGCAGCCUGACCAGUGCAAGACUUCAUUUGGGAUCAAACCUUCUUCAAAACUGUAAGACACUAAAUAGAAAAGAGAGAGAAAGAGAAGAGAGGUGGAGGAGAAAGUUACAGAGAGAGGAGAGAGAGAGACGGUUGUUUAUUGAGCAGUUAUAAUACACUAAGUUUGGUUGUCAGGGACGAGUAACACUAAGUAUAAUUUUGACCAGAUUUUGUGUUUUCUUUUUUGGUUCGGGAUCGUUUUGUUUAUUUUCUUUAGGGGGGAGGGAAGGGUGGGUGUGAUUUGUGAUGAUUUUGGGGAAAAAGAAGAAGAACAACAAGAAAAAAAAAAAGAAACACUAAAGUACUUGGCUGUGUGUGUUGGUUUGAUGGAAUGGGGUCGGGUAGAGGGGAGGGUGGGAUGGGGGGAAGUAUUACAGAGAUAACUACAUGACUCUAAAAUGCUCGUUAACAUAACAGAUGCCUCUAUGAAACACAGUGGUUCUUCUUUUCGAUGUCGUUCUAGCUCUAAUCUUUGUGGGUUACCGCGUGCAUUCUUUCUCUAGCUCUGUGAAUUCUUUUGCUUUUUUUUAUGAUCACACCUUUUUGUGUUCCUUUGACACAUUUGCCAAAAUAAUGAUAUGAUAUAGCAUCUCAUUUGAAACAGCAGAAUUGUGGGGUAACUACAUGUUAUAAAAGCAACCUAUAGUGUUGUUUGUAUAAAGCAUAGUAUAAUUUUUUAACUAACUUUCAUGAUGCCCGUGGGCAUUUAGGUUCCAUUGUAACUUUCUGUGUGGUAUGAUGAUGAUGAUGAUGAUGAUGAUGAUGAUGAUAAACAUUCUUACAUAUUUAUUGAAUGUUUAUAAGUUGUUCUCCCCCUCUUUGACCCCGUAUCAAUUUUAUAUGUUUUGAAUUUUUGGAAAUGACCAUGUAUCUUCCAUAACAUUAAAUAAACAUCGGGUCAUAUGCACA